CUAUGAACACACAUCCCAGGAUUCGUCACUGCUUUACCGCGUGGAGUCGAUGCCGGGGCUGGGCUGGGUCCUGUCACGAUCACUCUACCUGGACGAGCUACAGCCUGCCUGGCCUACACCUGAGAAGUUGUGGGACUGGGACGUGUGGAUGAGGAUGCCUCAGCAACGGCAGGGACGUGAAUGUGUCAUCCCUGACGUGUCACGGACAUUCCACUUCGGGUCCCUCGGAGUCAACAUGAACGCAUUCUUCCAGGAUGCGUACUUUAAGAAACACAAAAUAAAUACUCUGGCAGACAUCAAGCUGAGACAUGUGGAGAGGCUGAAGCAGAAGGCAUAUGAAGAGGAAAUCCACCGAUUACUCACGUAACUAUUAUCACUAUUACUCACCAUUACUCACUAUCACUAUUACUCACUAUUACUAUUACUCACUAUC